CCCACGGUGGGCGCUGUGUCUCCGCAGGGGAGUGAAUGCCCAAACCAAGAACGAUGCCACGCCCCUGUACCUGGCGUGCCAGGAGGGCCACCUGGAGGUGACGCAGUACCUGGUGCAGGAAUGCGGCGCGGACCCGCACGCGCGCGCCCACGACGGCAUGACCCCACUGCAAGCCGCGGCGCAGAUGGGCCACAGCCCGGUCAUCGUGUGGUUGGUGAGCUGCACCGACGUGAGCCUGUCGGAGCAGGACAAAGACGGCGCCACCGCCAUGCACUUCGCGGCGAGCCGCGGCCACACCAAGGUGCUCAGCUGGCUGCUGCUGCACGGCGGGGAGAUCUCGGCUGACCUGUGGGGCGGGACCGCUCUGUACGACGCCGCCGAGAACGGGGAGCUAGGGUGCUGCCAGAUCCUGGUAGUGAACGGCGCGGAGCUGGAAGUCCGCGACCGCGACGGGUACACGGCCGCUGACCUAUAGGACUUCAACGGCCACAGCCACUGCACCCACUACCUGCGCACGGUGGAGAACCUGAGCAUGGAGCACUGCGUGCUGUCCCGGGAUCCAUCCGUGGAGCUGGAGGCGAAGCAGCCGGAUUCAGGCAUGUCCUCACCCAACACCACGGUGUCGGUCCAGCCUCUGAACUUUGACCUCAGCUCGCCCACCAGCACCCUCUCCAACUACGACUCCUGCUCCUCCAGCCACUCCAGCAUCAAGGGCCAGCACCCUCCACGUGGGCUUUCCAGCACUAGAGCUGCAGACAUACAGAGCUACAUGAACAUGCUGAACCCAGAGCUGGGCCUGCCUUGGGGCACGAUUGGGAAGCCCAUACCCCCACCACCCCCACCCAGCUUCCCCCCGCCACCCCCGCCCCCAGGCACCCAACUGCCCCCACCCCCACCUAGCUACCCAUCUCCCAAGCCUCCUGUGGGACCACAGGCAGCUGACAUCUACAUGCAGACCAAGAACAAACUCUGCCACGUGGAGACAGAGGCCCUCAAGAAGGAGCCCAACUCCUGCGACGGCCACGACGGGCUACGGAGGCAGGACUCCAGCCGCAAGCCCCGCGCUUUCAGCAAGCAGCCCAGCACGGGGGACUACUACCGGCAGCUGGGCCGCUGCCCCGGCGAGACGCUGGUCGCACGCCCGGGCAUGGCGCACAGCGAGGAGGCGGAACUCCCUGGGAACCACGUGGCUAACGGUUGCGCCGCGGACCCCAAGGCGUCCAGGGAGCAGCAGCGGCUGCUGCUGCUGCUGCCGCCGCCGCCGCCGCCGCCGCCCCUGCCCGAGGCCGCGAGUUCGCCGCCGCCGGUCCCGCCUCUGCCCCUCGAGGGCGCUGGCCCUGGCUGCGGGCAGCGCCGCUCCUCCUCGCCCACCGGCAGCACCAAGUCUUUCAACAUGAUGUUCCCGAUGGGCGACAACUCGGAGCUACUGGCUGAGAUUAAGUCAGGCAAGAGCAUGAAGCCGAUGCCGCAGAGCAAGGGGCUGACCACAGUGUUCUCAGGCAGCGGGCAGCCGGCCUUCCAGCCCAAUUCGCCGCUGCCGUCUGUGUCACCUGCACUGUCACCAGUCCGGAGCCCCACACCGCCAGCUGCGGGGUUUCAGCCGCUGCUCAACGGAAGCUUGGUUCCGGUGCCGCCCACUACUCCUGAGCCGGGGGUGCAGCUGGACGUGGAGGCGCUCAUCCCCACGCACGAUGAGCAGGGCCGUCCCAAGCCCGAGUGGAAGCGCCAGUUGAUGGUGGGCAAGAUGCAGCUGAAGAUGUAGGAGGAGGAGCAGAGGUGGAAAGAGGAGGAGGAGGCCCGGCUGGCCAGCAUGCCCGCCUGGAGGCGGGACCUCCUGCGGAAGAAGCUGGAAGAAGAGAGGUGAGCCGGCGGUCAGGCAGAGGCUGGCCUGGCAGCGUGUUUUGACUGCGCCCCUGAAGUGGAGGUACCAAGUGACACUGUUUCUCCUUCUAGGAAGCAGAAGCGUUCCUCAAGGUGGCUUUGGAGAAAAGUCUGGCAACUGUGGAGACCCAGAACCCAUCUUUGCCUUGAGAAUGCAGAGCUGAAAGAGCAGAUGGGAGAAGAAAUGUCUGAGGGAUGGGAGAUUGAGGAAGACAAGGAGAAGGGCAAGGUGGUGGUUGAGACUGUGGUUGCCAAAGAGGGUCUGAGCGAGAGUAGUCUUCAGGCUGAGUUCAGAAAGCUCCAGGGAAAACUGAAGAAUGCCCACAAUAUCAUCAACCUCCUCAAGAACAACUUGUGCUGAGUAGCAAAGAAGGGAAUAGUAAACUUACUCCAGAGCUCCUUGUGCAUCUGACCAGCACCAUCGACAGAAUAAACGCAGAACUGGUUGGUUCUCCUGGGAAGCACCAACACCAAGAGGAGGGGAAUGUGACUGUGAGGCCUUGCCCCAGACCCCAGAGCCUUGACCUUGGGGCUACCUUCACAGUGGAUGCCGACCAAGUCAGUGUAGGCUUAGAUGGAAUGAAAAACCACUGGAGAAGGGCUCGAGAUGACAGUGUUUACUUUAAAACGUUCUCCCAUGUGAAUCAGGAGGUACCAAGAGAAAGGUCUCUUUGUACCACAAACAACAGUAAUAAUAUUCUGCCUCCAUUCAGCCUUUAGAAAGCCUUUUACAACAUAAAUAUUUCUUGAGUACUUAAUUUUUCAGAUAACACACUAGGCAUUGGCAUGGGGCAAUAAAACCAAUGGCUGCGCUUGAGAUACUUAAUAUGGUAAGGAAAGAUGGCACAUAAACAGGUAAUUUUAAUAGGAGGGGGUAACUGCUGUAACAUAGGGAUGCAUCAGGUUAUGAGGCAGCCCAGAUAAGUAGUAUGUAAUGACAUCCCUUCCUUAUCAAUGCCAUUUUUUUUUUUUUUGGUCACAGCUCAUCACAGGUGUCUGUUCCUGGACCUCAGAUGGGUUAUGUGGAUCCUGUUUAGGGGAGGAGCCAUGCUGAAGAUUCAGUAAAAUGGGGAAUACAGGGGAUUCUGAGAGAAUCAAUGGCACAGAAUGUGAGGGGAGAUGAGUGGAGGGUUCCACCCCUUCUCUUUUUGACCACUGAGAAAACGUUGCCUAAAAGCUCCUCUGUAGACUUGAUUGGCGCUGUGCUGUGUGCUGUGGAUACAGAUAUGAAGAAAACAUUAUCCCAGCACUCCAGGAGCUCCAUCUGGAAAGCAAGUCACUGCCAAAUGGCAUGAGAAGUGCUGUGACAGACUUGAGUAAAGUCCACGGGGUUCACAACGGGCCUUGGUCAUCACUGCAUGGGGGUGGCCUCGGACUGUCCUGAUCCUUGUCUUGGCCCCUUUCGCAGUUGGAGAACCAGUCCCAGCCUCGUGACACUGGGCCCAAUCAGCGUUUAGCCCACCAGGGUCCACCCAGCACCUGCGCUCCCAGCUGUCACAAUGCAAACAACGCUAUCAAGAUCUCCAGGAGAAGCUGCUGCUAUCAGAAGCCACUGUCUUUGCUCAGGCGAACGAGCUGGAGAAAUACAGAGUUAUACUUAGUAGGUGAACCCUUGCUGAAGCAGGACAGUAAACAGGUCCAGGUGGACCUCCAGGACCUGGGCUACGAGACUUGUGGCCAAAGCAAGAAUGAGGCUGAACAGGAGGAAACCACCAGUCCCGGAAAUAUGAUUCCCUGAUUCAGGAUCAGGCCCGGGAACUGUCUUACCUACGGCAAAAAAUACGAGAAGGGAGAGGUGUUUGUUAUCUUCUCACCCAGCAUGCAAAAGAUACAGUAAAAUCUUUUGAGGAUCUCCUAAGGAGUAAUGACAUUGACUACUACCUGGGACAGAGCUUCCGGGAGCAACUGGCCCGGGGAAGCCAGCUGACAGAGAGGCUCACCAGCACACUCAGCACCAGUAAGUUGGCCACAGGGCUUUGGAAUACUCUCAGUCACCCCACAGUUCCAGCCCCUGGUGGCCACCACAUCUCCACUGCAACUUUUUAACGGAGGGUCCUGUUUCUAUUUCAUUUCCUGGGGCUAAUACAGGAUCAAGACUGCUCAAUGGGGAGCAUGGAGAGGAACACACAGGGCUGGAGAUGCCAUGGUUACAACUCUAGAAACGUCACCACUCAUGGAAUGUGACCUGUGGGGCAGGGGAGACAUCUCUCUGGUGCUAAGAGGGAGUAGGGGACAUGAGAUGGAAGGGCCUUGUUAUAGGAGGAAGAGCCGUGAACUAAGAAUUGCAAGACGUCAAGGCGCUGAGGCCAAAGGAUCCGUGAGGAAACAGGCACAGCUCACGCCCCUCGGCCUACGGAAGGGAGGGCAAGGAGGGUUCUACGGUUCCUGGGAGGACGCGAAGAGCCAAGAGCCCCGACGGCCGGCGCCGGGGAAAAGGCCCCGACGCGGGGUCCGCAUCCCUGGAAGGGCGGCGUCCACAUUCCUGAGAGGCACGGGGCGCCCAGGGCUCGGACGCUCAAAGCCCGCCGGCUCCUGCAGCUUCUGGCAGCCGAAGAGUGUCAGCCGGGAGGAUCCCGCACACGGCGCUUAGUUUUGGAACUGCAUACCCAGGGGAGGAUGCGGGAGCCCGAAGCCCGGGUAUGGGUCCCCGAAGCCCGGGUGUGGGUCCCCAUGGUUUUCGUGUUGGGGGUAGGCGCGGAACGCUAAGCCUGGGCCUAUUGGGAGCCAUAGUCUUCUUGAUGGCUGGUGCUUAUUGGGCUUUUUUCAGUCAAAUUUCGAAAUGCAGUUGAAUUUCUUACUUUGGAAACGAUAAUAGAAAUGGCUGAUCU